AUGCCGGAAAACGCCACACUUUUGCAAGGCUUUGAAUGGAAUUGUCCAGCCGACGGCAAACAUUGGCAGCGUCUUCUCGAAGCUCUGCCAAAUCUCAAAGCAUGUGGCAUUGACAACAUCUGGCUUCCUCCGGCUUGUAAAGGCAGUAGUCCUGAAGGAAAUGGUUACGACAUCUACGACCUCUACGACCUCGGAGAAUUUGACCAAAAAGGCGGCGUUCGAACCAAAUGGGGAACGAAAGAUGAACUCCUUGCUCUAUCCUCCAAAGCCAAAGAGCUUGGCAUUGGCCUAUACUGGGAUGCAGUAUUGAACCACAAAGCCGGAGCUGACAAGAAGGAGAAGGCCCAUGCAGUGGAAUGCGACGAGAAUAAUAGGAACAAGGAGGUCUCCGAGUCGUACGAGAUUUCUGCUUGGUUAGGCUUCGACUUUCCCGGUCGAGGAGACAAGUACAGCGCGCAAAAGUAUCAUUGGUAUCAUUUUUCGGGUACAGACUAUAAUGCCGCGAACGAGAAGAAGGCGAUAUACAGGUUGAAGGGCGAGGGAAAGUCGUGGAGCACGAGUGUGGACGACGAGCAAGGAAACGCCGACUACAUGAUGUUCUCUGAUGUAGACUACAGCCAUCCAGAAGUACAAGAAGAUGUGAAGAAUUGGGGAUCGUGGGUCACAAAGGAGGUCGGUCUAAAGGGGUUCCGACUGGACGCCGUGCAACACUUUUCGCAACGCUUCACGAAUGAAUGGGUAGAACACGUUCGACAAGAGUGCGGCGACGACAUCUUCAUGGUAGGCGAGUUUUGGACGAACGACACCGAGGCAAUGUCAAAAUGGCUGGAUGAGAUGCACCGGAAAUUCUCCUUGUUCGAUGCCCCGCUGCUCUACAACUUCUCCCGCUUGAGCACGASCGAGGACGCGGAUCUCAGGACUGUCUUUGACAACACACUAGUCAAGCGCGACCCAUUGAACGCUGUGACAGUCGUAAUGAACCACGACACCCAACCAGGGCAGACAAUGGAAACGAAGAUAGAAGGUUUCUUCAAACCCCUCGCAUACGCGACGAUCCUCCUUCAAGACGCCGGCUACCCAUGUCUCUUCUACGGCGACCUCUACGGCAUCAAAGGUGACGCCCCCGAACCACCAGCAGCAGGGAACAAAAUCCCCGACAUGACUCUCGCCCGUAAACUAUACGCCUACGGCCAGCAAGACGAAUACCUCGACAAAGCCAACUGUGUCGGUUUCGUCCGCAGAGGAACGCCCGAGCAUCCCAGUGGAUUGGCUUGUAUCAUGUCUAAUGCGGGACCCGAUGAGAUCCGAAUGGCUGUCGGGGAGAUGCAUGCGGGACAAGUCUGGACUGAUGUAUUGGGUUGGGAACAAGGAGAGGUCGUUAUUGAUGAUGAAGGGUAUGGGGUUUUCAAGACUCCGGGUGUGAGUGUUGCGAUUUGGGUGAAUAGGGAUGCUGAGGGACGGGAGCGAUUCCCUGUUAAUUUCGAUAAUGAUAUCUAUAAGGARGGUUAG